AUGGAAGCUUCUAUGCUAGGACGGAUGAUGGGAGCAGCUGCUGAAAAUGCAGGAGACACAUCAAGCUAUCUGCAGCCUGCAGGAACACCAGACUAUGCUCGCUAUGCUAGUGGAAGAGUGGGUGUUGUUGCUUUCAACGGCACUGGGCUGCAAGGCGCACCUUUCCGCCUGGAAUAUACCGAUCUAAGCUUUAUUCAGUGGUACAGUACGGAGCUUCACUCUUUAUCCAAGGGGAACAGCAACAUCCACACCAGGUCCCUGUCUGCCUGGACAUGGAGGAUAAACUUUGAGGAGAACAGGAUUCCCAAGACCAUUUCUGAGGCAGUCUGCAGCUCCAACUACUGCAUAGAUCCCAAGAGCGGGCCUGGUUGGACCCAGCAUGAUGUCAAGCUGAACUCCGUGCCGAUAUCACAAAACCUUCUGGUACUGCACUUCGACAAGGCCCUGGACUGCUACCACGCCUCCUUCAUCCCUGUGACCUUGGGCUGCACCUGCGUCCGCGCCAGGGUGCCAUAA